CCCAGUCCUCUGCGGAUCAAGCCGGAGGGACGCAGACCACAGCUUCCUCUCUCCUCCCAGGACUCGGAGACUGGUACCCGCGGAUACCCCGGCCCGCGCCUGCGCAGAGCCUCUUCUCGCGCGAACACUCGGCUCUGACCCCCGCACUCCGGCAGACCCCGGCGUGGGCCGCCGUAAGCUUGCCUCGGCUCUUUCACGGAGGCGCACCUCCGAGUCCCUCCUACUCUGUGCGGUCCUUCUCCCAUCCUCGGGAUCGUGACCACACAAGCGUGCGCGGCCUCAAAACAGUUAACCUCGUGGGUUCAGGCUGAAGAAGCUGCUGCGCGCGGAACCCAGGCGUCCGGGCGGCGAGGCCCCAGGCGGAGCCCCGCCCCGCGGCCGGCUCCUUGCCCCCCAUUGGUCCGCGCGCCCGCCCGUCCGCCCAUGGGCCGGCGCCGCUUUCCUGGCUACCUCGGAACGUGUGGGGCCGCCCACGCCAGUGCAAGCCAGAGGUGGUGCAGGCUUCGGAAAGUCGGAGCGGAGGAGGGCCGGGCGGCGCCGGGGCUGAGCAUCGCGGAGCGGGCUGCAGGGCCGCGGCCUCUCCGCCCGAAGCACCACCUGUCGCCGGGUGAAACGUGUGACCAAUUUGGAGAUCAUUUGGGAACACUGGGUGACAACAGAUUCUAAAUUGGGUGAAGACUCAGGGAGGGUGACCUCCAGCAGCCAAUGGCCUAACAGUUUCAGUCCCAGGCCAGUUUAUAAACACUGUGGAGAGGGAGUUCCACGGCCUGCCAGUUCAAGAACCCCUCCUUUAACAAACUUACUUCUGGAAAGGACCAGGCAGGGUUGAAUGACAGGGACACACCAGGGAAAAAAUGAGGCAUGUCUUAGUAGUAUCCAAGAAACUGGAGUGAAAGAAAAGAUGUUUUCCCGGUUAAGAGCAGUUGCCACUCCUUGUUCGGUGGCAUGUCGUCAUUUGCACAGGAAAGAGAAAGGCAAGCCACUCAUGUUGAAUCCAAGAACAAACAAGGGAAUGGCAUUUACAUUACAGGAACGACAAAUGCUUGGUCUUCAAGGACUUUUACCUCCUAAAAUAGAGACACAAGAUAUUCAAGCCUUACGAUUCCAUAAAAACUUGAAAAAAAUGAAUAGCCCUUUGGAAAAGUACAUCUAUAUAAUGGGAAUACAAGAAAGAAAUGAGAAACUGUUUUAUAGAAUACUACAAGAUGAUAUUGAAAGUCUAAUGCCAAUUGUAUAUACACCAACAGUUGGUCUCGCCUGUUCCCAAUAUGGACACAUCUUUAGAAGACCAAAGGGAUUAUUUAUUUCAAUCUCAGACAGAGGUCAUGUUAGAUCAAUUGUGGAUAACUGGCCAGAAAAUCAUGUUAAGGCUGUUGUGGUGACUGAUGGGGAGAGAAUUCUGGGUCUUGGAGAUUUGGGCGUCUAUGGAAUGGGAAUUCCAGUAGGAAAACUUUGCUUGUACACAGCUUGUGCAGGAAUACGGCCUGAUCGAUGUCUACCUGUGUGUAUUGAUGUGGGAACUGAUAAUCAAGCACUCUUAAAGGAUCCAUUUUACAUGGGCUUGUAUCAGAAACGAGAUCGUUCACAACUUUAUGAUGAUCUGAUUGAUGAGUUUAUGAAAGCAAUUACUGACAGAUAUGGCCGGAACACCCUCAUUCAAUUUGAAGACUUUGGAAAUCAUAAUGCAUUUAGGUUCUUGAGAAAAUAUCGAGAAAAAUAUUGUACCUUCAAUGAUGAUAUUCAAGGGACAGCUUCAGUAGCUCUAGCAGGUCUUCUUGCAGCCCAAAAAGUUAUUAGUAAACCAAUCUCAGAACACAAGAUUCUGUUUCUUGGAGCAGGAGAGGCUGCUCUUGGGAUUGCAAAUCUUAUAGUUAUGUCUAUGGUAGAAAAUGGCCUUUCAGAAGAAGAGGCACAAAAGAAAAUCUGGAUGUUUGACAAGUUUGGUUUAUUAGUUAAGGGACGGAGUGCUAAAAUAGAUAGUAAUCAGGAACCAUUUGCUCACCCAGCCCCAGAAAGCAUACCUGAUACUUUCGAAGAUGCAGUAAAUAUACUCAAGCCUUCAACUAUAAUUGGAGUUGCUGGUGCUGGCCGACUUUUUACUCCUGCUGUAAUCAAAGCCAUGGCCCGUAUUAAUGAAAGGCCUAUAAUAUUUGCAUUAAGCAAUCCUACAACAAAGGCUGAGUGCACCCCUGAAGAAGCAUAUACACUUACAGAGGGAAGGUGUUUGUUUGCCAGUGGUAGUCCAUUUGGGCCAGUGAAACUACAAGAUGGGCGAGUCUUUACACCAGGUCAAGGAAACAAUGUGUAUAUUUUUCCAGGUGUUGCUUUAGCUGUUAUCCUUUGUGAAACUCGACAUAUCAGUGAUAAUGUUUUCCUAGAAGCUGCAAAGGCACUGACAAGUCAAUUGACAGAUGAAGAGUUAGCUCAGGGAAGACUUUACCCACCACUUGCUAAUAUUCAGGAAGUUUCUAUUAACAUUGCUAUUAAAGUUACAGAAUACCUAUAUGCUAAUAAAAUGGCUUUCCGAUACCCUGAACCUGAAGACAAGACCAAGUAUAUUAAAGAAAGAAUAUGGCGAAGUGAAUAUGAUUCCUUGCUGCCAGAUAUGUAUGAGUGGCCAGAAUCUGCGUCAAGACCUCCUCAGAUAACAGAAUAGAAGCACUCACACCAAUAAAUAUUUCCCAUGCUUCAGGGGCCCCUUUUUUUGAGACAGAAAGAGAUGUUAUCAGAUUUAUGGUGUUUCUGGUUUUGUUUUUUUUUUCUUUCUUCCCCGACUACUUUACUUGACUUAUCCCAUGUAUCUCCAUGUCUGUUGGGGGUGAAUGUAUUAACUGUAUUAAGGCCCACCAAUACCCUGCAAUCAACCAUAAUGCUUAACGUCCUAAUUUGUAGCCAUACCACACCCAAGAGAUGUUUAAAAUGUGUUUGUGGAUGUCUUGUACUUUUGGUCCUGCUUGCCAAGGUAUUUGUUAUUUACUGUUAUAGGUAGCAAUCUAACAUCAUCCAGUUCUUUAAUUCUACAAAAAUAGAAAGUUAUAUCUGUGGAUAUGAAUACCAAAUUUUGAGAAGCAGCCCAAUAUUAAACAAAUUUCAAUGAAAAAUUGUCAGUAUCUAAAACUUUAUCUGCUUCAUUUUACCUUCAUGCUCUGAAAUUCUUUUAUACUAGACAGACCAAAAGAAAUAUGAAAAAAAAAGUCCCUUUUUCUUAUUUUCUGGAACUAAUCAAGGCUUAAUUAUAACUUUAGGAGAGAAUUAUGGAAACUACUCCUGCCUUUAGACAAAGCAGUCUUUUGCAACAGUGUAUUAAAAUCACUUUUAUUUAAUAAAGUAAUGUCUUAAAUUUAAUUGUUUCAGUUAUACUACCUUAUUGCCCAACUAGAAAUGUAGGUUUCCUUACUAUGAAAACACAUUGUUUCAUUUUUUUAAUUUCUAUUGGAGCAGAUAUAAGAUGCCUAAAGCAUACAUUACAACUAACCUCAUGUAACUUUUUAAAAUAAAUCAGUUGUGGUUCACAUCUGAAUGAGUUGUAUUUAACUGGAGAAACUAUACCCUCUUCCAACUGAGGCUCUUUAUUACUUGAAAUAGUUUUGGGAUUCUCCUAUAAUGCAUUCCUUUGAACAUUGUUAGUAGUGUCAACUCUUUCUCUAUUAAAGGUGAAUUUAAUACUUUUUAGAGCUAAGUAGGGAUGAAUAAGGUAUGUGUUCAGACCAGGAGAUGCCAAUUUCAAUCCCAGUAAAAUGGAUAAUAAUUGGCUAACGCGACCAGUUUCUUGCAUAUUAAAGAUUUUAAAUGAAGAUCCAGAAGUAUAUUGAGGUUUGGCUAUAGUAUCUGCCUGCCUUGUGUGCUGCAAGAAACAAAACUUCGAAAUGCUCAUUCUAGAAUAGUCACCUUGUCUCAUACAAUUAGAAAAAAGAGGGGGACCUAGGGGUGUAGCUCAGCAGUAGACUGCUUCUGGCUUCAGUCCACAGUGCUAAACAAUAAAAUAAGAGAAGCUUCUGCUCCGCCUCCCUCCAAUCCUGCCCCCUGCCGCAGAUCAUUAGGGUCAGAUCCCUGGUGACUGUAGUUUGAGCAGGUUCUUGGGUGGUUCUGACACACACAUGUACUUGCCCUCACAAUCACUGCCUUAAGGCAGACUAUAGAAUCAUCUGGAGAGCUGACCAAUGCUGAUGCUGAUGCUGAUGCUGAUGCUGAUGCAGUGCUCUGGUUGGGGCCUGAGAGUCUGUCUAUUUCUGAUGAGCUUCCAGCUGUGUUGCUGAUACAGCGAACAUGCUCAGAGGUGUUGCUCCAGAGUACUACAUGUGGUGUGCUGUUUCAGUCUAGUGCUUAUAUACUAUGUGCUUCUAUUUAUAUGAAAGAGAUCAACUGAGACUCUUAGAGUAACUUUCAUCUAGUUUUGUUAGUUUUUAGAGUUUUUAUAAGAAAAAUUAAUGUAGAACUUUUUAAACAUUUUUUUCCUGAGAAUACAUAAAAAACUAGAAUACUGUUUGAUUCUAAAUUCUAGAUUUAUAGUAUACUUAAGAGAAACCUAGCCUCCAGAUUUCAUUUGUAAAAGAUUAACUAGCAAAUGGACAUAUGUGAGGUUUUUAAAUUUGAUAUUCAUUCUCUAAGGACAGACCUUACCUUAUACUUUUCCUAUAAAUUAUCAGCCUGUAGAGAAAUAGUAUUUCCACUUUUUGCAAAAGAGUGAUGAAUGAAUUAAGACUGAAAUACAAUGAUAAAAACAUGAAGCAUUAGUCAUUGUUCCCAGAUAACAGAAGGCCCAAAGGGGUGGGGCCAAGGACAGGGAUGGCAUCCAAGUUCUCCCGUAGCUCUUUUUUUCCCCCAGUAGUGGAGAUUAAAUACAGGGCCUUGCACAUAUUAGGCAAACUCUCUACCACUGAGCAACAUUCCCAGCCCUUUUCUUUUAUUUUCAGACAGGGUCUUACUCAGUUGCCCAAGCUGGCCUUGAACUUGUGAUUCUCCUGCCUCUGCCUCCCAAGGCAGCUGAAAUUGUAGGCAUGUGCCACUAUGUCAAACACCUGUAAGAUUUUUUUCCUCCAGCCCAUUCAGUCUCCCAAGGCUAACUUUUUAACAAAUAUCUUCAAAUGUUCUAUUGAAUUCACCAAAAUGAAAUCAGCUUUAUUGGGUAUAUAUAAUACUUGAGAACAUUAAUUAAUACAAGUCUCAAAACUCUCCACUGGGAUUCCAUUUAAAGGAAGUCCUAAAGAAUGAAAUAGCCCCAAUACCAUAUUUCCAAGACAAGGCCACGUGGGUACAGCUGCAGGCAUGUUGUUCAUUAUAGAAUGCGGCAGAUUUGUGGUAUUUGAUUCUGUUGAUUUGUGAUUUGCAGUUUGUGCAUGUAAAUGUGAAGUUGCAGAUGAAUUAAAGUAAGAUUUAAUAUUUUAAAUAUUCAGGAUAGUUUUAGCUAUAGAAAACUUCCUCAUCUGAAAUCAAGAGGUUUUUUUUUGUUUUUGUUUUUGUUUUUGCUUUUUAAUGUAAGCAUAAAAGAAAAAACCCAAUCCUAUAUUUUCAAAUUCAGUAAAUUCAGGCAGGUUAAAGUAGGACAUGACUCUUAAAAGUUACUUAAAAGUAGUGCUAGAUUUUGAAACACUAAUUAUUUUUCUUUCUUAAAUAAGGAAAAUUGUGCCCCUCAAAAAGAAAAGUAAAUAUGGAAAUGCAUUCAUAGUUCAAUUACAUAAAAUACACACAAAUGACUUGAAUAUAUUGUAUCUUUGGGUAAACAGCAUUUUCACAUGAUGACUGUUAAAAGUCUUGUUUUGUUUUUUCCCAAGUAAAAUUUUAUAACUUUGCUACUUGGGAAUUUAUUCCUACGUUCAGUGUACUUACUGUAAGUUUUAAGACUAAGGAAGAAAACCAGGCAUGGUGGCACACACCUGUACUACCAACAACUUGGGAAGCUGAGGCAGGAUGAUGAGUUUGAGGCCAGCCUCAACAACGUGGUGAGACCCUCUGUGAUUUAGCAAGACCCUGGCUCAAAAAGAGCUGGGGAUGUAGCUCAGUUAAAGUGCCUCUGGGUUCAAUCCCCAGUAUCAAAUGAGUAAGGAAAAUCUGUGGUUAUAUAUUCCUCAGUUUUCAGAAUUUCCUUUUAUGUUCUAGAAAAAUUAUUUUCCCUUUCCUAUCGUGAAGUAUAUGUUCUAGCAAAUCAUUGAUUCCUACAUAGUUGUUGAAUUAUCACCAACAGAUUUGACAUCCACAAUUGUCAAGUAAUAACAAACUAGAUUGUAUGAGUAGUGCCUACAUUGUUCAGGAGUUCAAGUGUUCCAAGCAUCUUGCAUAUUUAAUCCACAAUAAACCUGUCCCUGUUUUAUAGACAAGGACAGAGGCACAGAGAAGUUAAAUGACUUGCAAAAUAUUUCAAGGUGAGUGGCAGAGCUGGGACUCUUAGCUCAUACCCAUCUCAGGGAAAAAAGGCCUAUAGAGGUGAUUUUAUCUCAAUUUUCAAGAAUUGUUUCAGUUUAGCCAGGUGUGAUGGUUCACUCCUAUGAUCCCAGCAGCGCAGGAGGAUUGGGAGAUCAAGACCAGUCUCAGCAACUUGGAGAGGCCCUCAGCAACUUAGUGAGACCCUGUCUUAAAAUAAAAAAUAAGAAGGGCUGGGGAUGUGUCUUAGAGGUUAAAUGCCUCUGGGUUCAAUCUCUUGAUACCAAAAAGGGGGAAGAAAAAAAAAGUUUCAGGUAAAAAUUAUUAAGUCCUCUAGUGCAUUUUACCACUUCACUUGAUUUUUCUUUGUUCCCAUUUAUAAUUCAAAUACAAUGUAAACUUCUUAUCUGUUAAUCUUUAAGUAUUGGAUGUAUAAGGAUUUGGUUUUGAAUGUGAUAAAUAUCCCUAAAGAUUUUAGUAGUUCACUAACACCUUUUGAUUUAGUAAUAUUCAUAGAACUACCAGCUGCUAUAACUUCUGUGCAAAUCAAUUUGAAAUGCACUUAACAUAUUGUACUAUUCAGUUUGUUAAUCUACACAUCAAUGUGCAUUUGUAUUGUAAGAUGUAUUCUAAAUGAUAUCUGUUGUGCUAUAUGCAUAUAUAAUUUCCGUUAAAAAGGUGAGAACAGUUAGAAAGUACUAAUAGUAAAUAUGUGUGUGGAAUAAAGAACUUCUAACGACCUAUUUUAGCUAAAUAUUUGACAAAAUUUCUACCCAAUAUUUUAUUGUCUUCAAUAAACUUUAAAAUUAACUAAAAUUCAAACCAUAUUAAAAUAACAUUGCAAGCAUUAAUCAUUGACUUCAAGGAAGUCACACUUCGAAACUCAUUGCUUAGCCUUUCUUAAUUUUGUGUUUAAGAUAAAAUGCUGUAACAACCAGUCUUGUGGUAAUUGUUUAAGGGAAUAGUACUUUAAGGGAAUGCCUCAUGUAGGCACAUUAUACCAGAUUUUCUUACAGAUGGUUCCAAGAAUCAGUCUAAAAACUUCAUAGUUAUGUGGAUUAUUUUUCUGUUUUUGUGAUAUAUUACUUGUAAUGAGAUAUAUGCUCUUAUAUUUUCUUAGUAAAAUUUUCCUAUGCA